UCUGAUUUUUCUAUUUCAGUAUCAACACCAUGAUCCUAUAGCAGCACUGAGUCCUCCUGACAAUUGUGGCAUUGAUGGUUUAGAGUUUAGCCUGGCCAGUGUGAUGCCAUGCCCGAGGAAGGCUCUAUCCUCUGCUGAGAACCAUGCGCUGCCGCCUGAACCCUGCUGGAAUGAACCGACUGAACGGGGCUUUUAACGCUCUCACCUGUGGAUUUGGCGUCAAGAUGCCUUAUUUGACCAAACCUCUAUUUUUACUUUUCUGUCUGGUUCUCACCGGGGAAUGCCGUAAUCACCGUCAUCGGGUGCGGAGAUGGACCGGUACCGUAGAGAACCAAAAGCAUGGAACCUCCUACGCAAAGAAACCUCCAGAUGUGACCAAGUCUCGCAAAAUGAAGACAGAGCAUCUGCUCAAAGUAGAUGACCAUGACUUCACCAUGAGACCAGCAUUUGGAGGUCCUGCAAUCCCUGUUGGAGUGGAUGUUCAGGUGGAAAGCUUGGACAGUAUCUCUGAAGUUGACAUGGACUUCACUAUGACCUUGUACCUGAGGCACUACUGGAAGGAUGAGCGUCUGUCAUUCACCAGCAGCACCAACAAGAGCAUGACAUUUGAUGGCCGUCUGGUGAAGAAGAUCUGGGUCCCUGAUGUCUUUUUUGUCCACUCUAAGAGGUCCUUCAUCCAUGAUACCACCACUGACAACAUCAUGCUACGGGUCUUUCCUGAUGGUCAUGUACUCUACAGUUUGAGAGUGACAGUGACAGCUGCCUGCAACAUGGACUUCAGUCGCUUCCCUCUGGAUUCUCAGACCUGCUCACUGGAACUGGAGAGUUAUGCUUACACAGAUGAAGACCUGAUGCUGUACUGGAAGAGUGGUGAUGAGUCCCUCAGCACUGAUGAUCGUAUCUCGUUAUCACAGUUUCUCAUUCAGAAGUUCCACACCACAUCUCGCUUGGCCUUCUACAGCAGCACAGGCUGGUAUAAUCGUCUUUACAUCAACUUUACUCUGCGACGGCACAUCUUCUUCUUCCUGCUGCAGACGUACUUUCCUGCCACUCUCAUGGUGAUGCUUUCAUGGGUGUCGUUCUGGAUUGACCGGCGGGCUGUGCCGGCCAGAGUUUCCUUGGGCAUUACUACAGUGCUGACCAUGUCCACUAUCAUCACUGGAGUGAAUGCGUCCAUGCCACGAGUGUCCUACAUCAAGGCCGUAGACAUUUACCUCUGGGUUAGCUUUGUCUUUGUCUUCUUGUCUGUGCUGGAAUACGCCGCUGUCAACUACCUGUCCACUGUUCAGGACCGCCGGGAGCGCAAGAUGAGAGAGAGGGCACGAUCUCAGUCAUUGCCCUGCACCUGUGGCAUCUCCCAAACACGGACCAUGGCCAUGUUGGAUGGUACCUACAGCGAGGCUGACACCAACAGCCUAGCUGGCUACACUGAAGAGCCCAUGGUGCCUGAAGAAGAGCAGGAAGAAAUACCUGAGGUUCCAGAGAAGUCUGGACACAUGGUGGUCCACCUGUCAGUGAGCAGUGAGUCCACCACUACCAAGAAGAAGAAGAGCUUGCGUGCCCUCAACAUUAUUCAGAACACGCACGCUAUUGACAAAUACUCCCGAAUGAUUUUCCCUGGUUCAUACAUCUUUUUCAACCUUAUCUACUGGUCAGUCUACUGCUGAACAACACUUGAGUAAGGACAGAGGCCACAAACAUUCACACACAGAGACAAUCUGAAUGUUAGCUCAGAAGGACACUUGUGGAGUAAUUCAAAUAAUGCUGUACUGUAUGUCUAGUGCUGGCAGCUGAUUACAUUUAAGGCCAUGGAUAGUAAUACACCCUGAAAACAUGAGUUGUCUUAAAAAGUUCUGCGUUGCAACUUUGGGAUUGAAUGGAAUACUACGGUCUGAUUUUUGUUCCCUCAUGCAGCAGAUUGAAUGUACAUAAAUCCUAUAAAUUAAAACGUUAAAAGUAAUCAUGAAUGGUGUUUUAAAACUAUGAAUGCUAAUUAUGUAGUCCUUUUCAGCUUUGUCAAUUCCGGUUGAAGUUUUUUUCUUCUCAUACUGCUAUUCCUGGUAUGAUGGGAAAAAAUAGUUUUUUUAUCUGAAUUAUAACUGAUAGAUAUGGAUCAGGCACACUUUGUAUGUGAUCAUGCUAUGGAGCACUCAGUUGACUGAAGUCUGUAUUUAUUCAUUUGAAACGACCACCAAGCUUAGAGUCACUUUGAGUAUAACAUUUUAUUGCUCAAGGUUAACUUGAUGAUGACUUAUUUUUUAUAUUCCCAUCCUCAGUUCCAUUUUAUUUGUAUAGCACCAAAGUAUAAGUCAUCUCAGGGAACUUUACAUAGGUCAAGAUUUUACAUUAUAGAGAGAAACACAACUAUUGCUCAUUAAGCAGCAACUGGCCAAAGUGGAUUUCAAAAACUUUCAAAAUCUUUUAAUAGGAAAAAUUCUCUGGCAGACCCAGACUCAGGGAGGGCGGCCAUCUGCCUCAUCUGGUUGGGGUGAGAGUAGAGUGGAGAGAGAGAAAAGAGUAGCAAUGAGAAACAGCAAACGAUAAACACUGAGCAGGUUGGUGGGAACAGUACCCACAGAUCAGAAACAUGCAACUCUGGUACCCACAGAAAGGUACAGUGAGAUUGUAAUCUGAAAAUUUUAGAGUAUAUCCACCUAUUGAACCAAAACUAAGCAUUGGUUCAGUCAGCAGCUCCCAGUUUAUUUAACUAACAUUACCAUACCAACUUAAUCUUGAGGAAAGCUAAGCCAUGUGAGUAGCACGGUGAGGUGGUACUCUAAUAAUAUCUUUAUUUUAACAUGCUAAGGGUAGCAGUAUACCACAUUUCCUGUAUUUCCUGCAAAAUUUGCUCAAAUAUAAAAUUUAAUUUAGGCUGAUCACAAUGUUGUUUGUUUUGAGGGUGCCAUAACCCCCAUGUAUUGGAAAAAUGUAAGCUUUGCCCUGAUGAUGGCGGUAGACAAAACUCAGGAUCAACAAAGCUGUAGCAGUUCACUCUUUAAAGAACAUGUCUGUACUAAACCGAAUGGCAUUUUAUCCAAAAAUUUGCAGAUGUUUCACUCAGCUGAUACACAGUUAAGGUCAGUAAAUUUGUGAAUAUUAGGAGCUGGCCUGGUCAAAAUAAACAGCAGGUGACACUAAUGCCACACUGAGUAGUAGUUCAUGUGCCAUUAAAACAUUGCUGAAGAAGAUGGAUCAACAACUUGAUGUUAUUAUAAGAGCGACAGACAACCCUCAAAGGAUCGGUAACUAGAAAAAAUAUCAAAUCUGUGUUUCUUUUAUGCACUAACGUGAAGACUGUAUUAAUCUUGCAUGACUGCUCACAGAUGUAACAGUUUGUUUGCUGCCGCUUUUUAAAUCUGCAGCCAAAUUGAUACUUACACUUCAUAUAUUCCAUGAUUUAUUUGCUAAAUGUGUUUCCAUUGCUCUUGGUUGCAUUUUGUUUCUGCUGAUAUAUCAGGCUUUUCAAACAAAAAAACUCUUCUGCAGAAAUAUUUAAACAUUCUUGAUUACAUUGUCCAAUGUCCUAUCUGGAUUAUUAUGUGCUCGUUACCAAUGUGAAAAAUAUAUGGAUGGAAGAACAUUUACAGGAAUAUUAUGGAAGAAAUGGGGCAAAAAGAAAAGACAGGAUAUCAUAUAUUGCAACAGUGUAAGGAUGAAAUUAAGUUGUGAAGACAGCAAGUAAUUGUCCUGAGAAAAAAAAAGAUAUUCUAUUGCAAACAAAAAAGAUAACUAAGUAAUGAUGUUGUGACAACAGGCCCAAAAACAGUAGCAACCAAUGGAUGAUAUCAACUUCUGUAGGCUGCCAUGACUUCAGGAGAAACUGGUUAAAUAUCAUGACAAUGCUAUUUGCACAGCACAACACUAGACAAUACAACAAACCUUUUUUCCCCCCUUUGCAUUACUAUGUGACAGAGAGAUACCAGAGAGGGCAGCAGAGAUGACUGUGAUGACACUUGUAUUAGAAGAUCUAAAAGACUGUUAACCAGUUGAAUAUUUUCUCCUUUGGUCCUUGCGGUCACUUACCUAAGCAACACAUGUCAUGAGAAGCUAAUUUCCAGGGUCAGUGUACAGGAUUAAGUGGCAUCUAGCAGUUAGGUUGCACAUUUCAACCAAGUAAAUACUCUUUGCUUUGCCUUCUUCUUCAAAGUGUGUAGGAGAGCUGACAGUGGCCAUUAAAUAUGCAUCUCUACAGGCAAUGUUUGGAAACAUGGUGGUACAACAAGUCAGACUCUGUGGAAGAGAGCAGGCUCCCUAUUCAAUUAUUGUGAGGGCUCAUUCUGCGAAAACAUCAUUCUGAUUUCCAGGUGAUUAUACUUACAUGUUUUAUAAACAUACCUAACCAUAAUAUAUUUAAUGUCUGCUAUAGAUCCUUCUAAAACUGCAUACACUGACCCUGUAAUAAAGCUACUUAACGUAUCAGGAACCCUAUUAUUGAAUAGUAAGUAAACAGAAAUAUUUUCUUAUUCUCCUCUCUUGUCUUUGAAAAAAAAACUGGGAUACUGGAAUGAGCUUCUUAUCCAUGAUCUACUUACAUCGCAGAAUGCAGGGUUUCCCUAAACUUUUCAAGAAAUGCAUAUGCCUAUGAUAAUUUAGAUGAACUUGUCAUUGUGUGAAAACAUGCUUACUGACUUGACGGUGCUGUUUUUUUAAAAAUUCCAUUUCAGUGUACAUAUGUCCUCCUCUGUACACAAAUCUCUUUUUUUUAACUGUACUGUGGUAAUUGAUCAAUCACUCAUUGUCAUUAAUUGUUUGAUUAAUUUGGUCUCAUAAAAACAUAUGCUUUCCUUUUGAACACUACCUGAACAAUGACUUAAUCAACAUGACUGAGAUUCUGUCCAGAAUAUUUGCAUAUGACUUUUGGCUCUGAUUUACUGAAAUCACUUUAAGUGAUAACGAGCACAGUUCCCCACACCACCCAUUGUUGUUCAGUUAUUAUAACUGUGCGGACUACACUGUGAAAAAGACUCAGUGUUAUUGUGUUCCUCAAGCUUUAGUUGCUGAUUUUUGUGACUUUUUCAUUAUGUUUAAACACCAAAUCACAAUACUGAGUUUUCUGUCUAUCUUCAUCUAUUACUGGAGUUCUUGGUAAAAACUGAACAUCUCUUCAGUUCAACAAAAUAACACACCAAUACUUUUGUUUAAAUUUAACUAAUUGUGUCAUGAUUGUUUGACAACACUCCCAUGGGUGAGAUUUCUUAUUUAUGCCAAGGCAAAUAAACUGCUCAUGGUUCUCACUAAUCAUUAUUCUUGUUAAAAGAUAAGUUGCUAAAGUUUUUACUAACCAGCACAAUGAUGGACGCGGGCUUUUUUAAUGGACACAAAAUCUCAGCAUUAUUUUGUACCGCAUUAAAAGAGUGAUGACAGAGAAUGUCCAUAAGAAAUCCACACUGGAACAAAUAGCUGCAAAUCGAGCAGAGAUAUAGCUCAACAUAUGGUGUCCCACAGAGAAAAGCACAAGAUUUUAGAUAAUAAAUGAAUAAAACUGAAAAAAUUGCUGUUCAGAAAACAUGGCAUCCAAACGUUCAUCAUAGACAACAUAUUUUUAGAAGAAACAACUUUUGAAUCUACGCAAACAGACCCCUAUGAAAACACUUUUAAAAAUUCAUCCUUUGAAGUAGAAACCAAAAUCUUUUAUUCUUUUUUUGUUUGAACAUUUUUAUCCUUUUUUCACCACACAUUGGCAAAUUCCAGUAUGAUGUCUUUAUUAGAUAUUGUCUAAAAUGUGUAUGUUUGCAUAUUUUUUAUGGCAGCAUGUUGCUGCAGCAGGGUCUACAUUAAACUCACCUUGGCCAUAUGUAUCUAUCAGCAAAAAAUAAAAAAUAAAACAUCCUAUUUCAGUAUUUGAA